CGUUGUUUUGCCGUGCCAAGAUGGCGGCGCGCAGUGCCGCUCCUGUGGAGGGCCAUGGCGGGGAGUGAAGCCUGAGGCGGCGGCGCCGGGCCGGGGCCGCCGACGGGGAUGAGGUGACGCCGCCAUGGCGAGCGACAGCGGCAGAAAGCAGUUCUGGAAGCGGAGCGGUGCGAAGGUGCCGGGAAGUAUUCAACAUGUGUAUGGAGCUCAGCAUCCACCUUUUGAUCCGUUAUUGCAUGGAACCUUGGUAAAACCAGGUUCAAAGCCUCCUACAACUCCAGUGAAACUGAAGAAAGUCAGCACCUUCCAAGAAUUUGAAAGUAACACAAGUGAUGCCUGGGAUCUUGGGGAUGAUGAUGAUGAACUGUUAGCAAUAGCUGCUGAAAACUUGAAUACAGAAGUGGUCAUGGAAACAGCUCACAAAGUAAUUCAGAAUCACAGCAAGCUACAAGAACAGCAUAAAUUUCAGGAAGAACAUCUACAGGAAGAAAAACAAGAGGAAUUCGCACAACUGACUUCAGUUGCAUGUGGUGAUAAUAGGCUUGUUAAAUCAGUCAGUGAAGGUCAUACAGCGAGCGCAUCAGAUAAUGCAAGUGAAAGUUCUUCCAUGCAGAGAUCGCAGUCGCUUCCACAAACUUCCGCAUCUCCUUUGGUGAGUGGAAUAGGAGACUACAACACCUCAGUUACCUCUGCAUUAACUGAAAGAGAAGCAUCCCGAUUAGACAAAUUUAAGCAACUACUUGCUGGCCCCAAUACAGAUCUUGAUGAACUGCGGAAGUUGAGUUGGUCUGGCAUUCCCAAACAGGUUCGUCCUAUUGCAUGGAAGCUUCUUUCAGGCUAUCUUCCUGCAAAUGUGGACCGAAGAGAAAGCACUUUACAAAGAAAACGCAAAGAGUACUUUGCAUUUGUUGAACAAUACUAUGAUUCCAGAAAUGAUGAAAAUCACCAAGAUACCUACAGACAGAUCCAUAUAGAUAUCCCACGCAUGAGUCCUGAAGUUUUAAGGCUUCAGCCCAAAGUAACAGAGAUCUUUGAAAGAAUUUUGUUUAUCUGGGCAAUACGUCAUCCAGCCAGUGGAUAUGUUCAGGGCAUAAAUGAUCUUGUUACUCCCUUUUUUGUGGUCUUCAUUUGUGAAUAUAUAGAAGAAGAAGAAGUGGAAAAUUUUGAUGUUUCCAGCCUGGCUGAAGAAGUGCUGCAGAACAUAGAAGCUGACAGUUACUGGUGCAUGAGCAAGUUGCUUGAUGGCAUUCAGGAUAACUACACAUUUGCACAGCCAGGGAUUCAGAAGAAAGUGAAAAUGUUGGAAGAACUUGUUAGUCGAAUUGAUGAACAAGUUCAUAGGCACUUGGAUCAGCAUGAAGUGAAAUACUUGCAAUUUGCUUUCCGUUGGAUGAAUAACUUGCUGAUGAGAGAAGUCCCUUUGCGGUGUACCAUCAGGUUAUGGGACACAUACCAAUCUGAACCAGAGGGUUUUUCUCACUUCCAUUUGUACGUCUGUGCUGCCUUCCUUGUCAGGUGGAGGAAAGAGAUCCUGGAAGAGAAAGAUUUUCAGGAGUUAUUGAUAUUUUUACAAAAUUUGCCCACGGGACGAUGGGGAAAUGAAGACAUCAGUGUACUCCUAGCAGAGGCCUACAGACUGAAGUUUGCAUUUGCAGAUGCCCCCAAUCAUUACAAGAAAUGACUAUACAGAGAGAGAAAUCAUUAGAUCCAUCAUGUUCUGCAAUAUUAAGGCAUCUGUUGUUCUGGUUGUGCUUUCAGCUCAUUGCUUUUUCAUUUGAAGUAAGAUGACCAUUAAAAUUCUGUUAGAAUUUGCAGAAUGAGAACAGAAUACCAAAGAAAAGGACAAAGCAGGAUAUCAAGCGCUGAAUGAACUUAAAAGUGAAUUUUUUUGCUCAGGAUGAAAAAUAAGUUCAGAAGUCUUAUCACAUAAUUUUCUGCUUUUUUCCCCUUCUCUAAGUAGUCAGACUAUCUAAUUUAU